AUGCGCGCAAUAGUACAAUUCUUUAGGCAACAGUUGCCCAGGUUGUGGCAUUACGAGCGGGUCGGCAUAACGGUGUUUUGGCUGCUGCUCGAGCGUGUAUUUAAUGUUGGAAAAAUGCGUGAAGGUGCGGGUAUCUGUCAUCAACUUUGCCAUCCGCUGGCUAAAGAGUUUCAACGUGAAAAACUCAGCCUGACACAUGAGCCCAAGGAGGAUUUCUUUCGAUCACAGUGGCAACGUCAGCAGAAAUCGCUCUUAUGGCUAAUCUAUCGCUGGCUCUUCGCCGCCGUUUUCACAGCCGGUGUAGUGGGCAGCCUGAUACAGACUUUCGGCGGUGGCAGAUGGUUUAUCUAUCUCACUGACUGGGGUUUCUUUCUAUGCAUGUUUACCGGCAUCUUUGGCGCAGUGCUGGUAACGAUCUAUCAUUUCAGCGAGGGUAGUGUGGAUGUACCGCUGUGGGCACUUAAAUUUUAUUGGGCUUCUUAUUGGACCACAUUGUCGCUGGCUACGCUUAUUACUUUUAUUUAUUGGAUUUUUAUUUCCCCAAUUGACCCCCAAAGCCCCUGGGCUUUGUAUAACUUGUGGGCACACGGUUUCAAUUCCAUACUAAUGAUAUUGGAUCACAUGCUGGUCGCAUUUCCUGUACGCAUUCUACAUUAUGUCUUUCCACUGAUCGUGGGAGUGGUGUACGCUGUAUUCACGCUCAUUUAUUAUUAUGCUGGCGGUGUUGAUAUUUAUGGAAAUCCCUACAUUUACGAGAUACUUGACUGGUCAAAACCUGGCGCAGCUACUUUAACGGUAUUUGGUACUUUUGUGUUGACAUUCAUAUUCGGUUGCAUACAUUUUGGUCUGUAUAAAUUGAAGAGAUUUAUCUAUAACAAACGAAGCAAUACUCAUCAAUUCACUUUGAAUGUUUAAAAGUACGAAAUGAGAUUAUCUAAAAUAGUUUAGUUUUUAUUAAAUUAUAUUUAGAUAUACAUAUGUACAAAUUUAGGAAAUUAAUCGCACUUAUAAACUCAAGAACUUAUAUUAUAUGUACAAUAGCAA